UUUGGGUGUGAAGAAAAAAAAUCGAGGUUUCAGUGUGGGCGUAUGAAUACAUCUUGAGCCACCCAUCUCUAACCGUGGGGACCAAAUACACCUUUUCGGUUCCUCGUGGCUUUUUUUAAUCUUUAUUUUAGUAAAUCCAUUUUAAACCGUUGCUUGUUGAAUUUUUCCCUCUUAAAAUGAUAUUUUUCCGACCUUUGUGGCAAGCGCCGAUGGAAAUUUCAAGACGCGACUGAACAAUGGCCACCAAAUGACAAUAUCCCGAAAAUGGUCGUGCACUCGUGACCCAUUCGGCGCAUAAAUAAAAUUAAAAUCACGUUUAUACAUUCGAUUUGUGGGUUUACGUGAGCCCAUUCCACGGCCAUCGCGAGGCCGAUGUGGAAAUUUCGUGGGGCGAACGCGUGUUGGCAAGUUUCCCGAGUUUUGAUGGGCCAGCAAAUGACCGACCCGUGGGCCACCUUUUGUGGAUAAACGUAAAUGGCCAUAAAAAAACAAUUGCCUCGUGCCGUGUCCACGAUUUUUAACGAACAAAAAUGUUCACGGUUGGGAUCGGGGAGACAACGCAGCAUUUUGGCGUGUGGGCGCGUAUUUGAGAUUGCGUCGCCUUUAUUAUUUCGUCACAAUUUCACAAAACAUUGACCCGUCACAUGGACAACUUGGCAAAAGGUAUACAUUGUCUCAGGCCAAGGUCGAAACGCGCAAUUUUGACCCUCCGCGGCAGUCCGUAGCGUUCUCGCCCCACUGAAAAACAACACAAACGCACCGAUUGGACGCCGCCGGUCACGUGGUCGGGCGACACAUCAAAGGCGGGAGCCAUCUUGGAAUGGCUUUGGCAAGUUCAAGUAGGGUGAGGUCUUCCCCAGACAAGGCUACAAGGUGGUCCCCGGCGGCAGGCGGAUGGCGCAGUGCGGGCAGCUUGCGCGAGUCGCCGCCCAUUCCUCCAAUCAACGAGCGGCUGGCGUUCCUGCGUCCGUCCCGCGAGCUGCUCGAGUACUACCGCAAGAAGAUCGCCGAGUUCGAUGGCGAGCAUGAGGACAUGCUGAAGCGGCUUGACGCCUACAAGGGGACCUACGAAGAGCAGCACAAGCUGCAGUGGGAGAUGCGGCAGCGCGAGGAAGAGAUUGCCGAGCUGCAGAAGGCGCUGAGCGACAUGCAAGUUUAUCUCUUCCAGGAGCGAGAGCAUGUGCUUCGGCUCUACUCGGAGAACGACCGCCUCAAAAUACGCGAGUUGGAAGAUCGUAAAAAAAUCCAGCAUCUUCUCGCCCUGGUGGGUCCUGAUACAGGGGAGGUCACCUACUUCUAUAAAGAGCCUCCUCACAAGGUUAUUAUCCCACAAAAAUCAACCAAAUCGAGUCACCCACUCAGUGCCAAGGAAAACCGACCUCAGGGCAAAUCAGGAAAUAAAAGGCCAAGUGGGAAACCAACGAACGGUGCAGACAGUCCAACAACCCCCGAGCGCUACCAAAGAGACAAGCAGACGCUCGUUCUGCAGGUGAAAGCGCUUCAGGCUCAGCUGGAGGAACAGACGAAGCUUGCCAAGGAGCAGGUGGAGUCCCUCCUGGAGGAUCGUCGAAUUCGCGUGGAGGAGAUGCAAGUCCAGCAACGCCGCGAUCAGGAAAAGAUCAACGCCCUGACAGAAAAGCUACAAGAGACACACUCGCUGCUGUACGAGAGCACGCGGGACUUCCUGCAGAUGAAGUACGAGGGACGAGCCAGCGAGAAGCGCUGGAUGGCGGAGAAGGACCAGCUGCUGCAGGAGCUCGACGCGUGCCGGGACCGACUGUCCCGUGGCCAGGGCACCGAAGAGGAUGGGCCUCCUGACAUCUUCACUCCCCCGUCUGAGCGGCAGCAUAGGGCACAGCAGGGCGAGGAGUUUAAGGGCCUGCAAGAGGAGUUGAAGCAAGCGCACCGUCUGGCUGAGAUGUUCCGUGAGCAGUGCGUCUCCCUGGAAGAUGAGCUGUCGCGCAUCCGUGAAGAGGGAGAUGUCGGCAAGGAAAUAUUCAAGGAUCGCUCCGACAAGAUGGGGAAGCGGCUGCGAAUGGUGACGCAGCGCUACGAGGCGCUGGAGAAGAGGAGGGCGAUGGAAGUGGAAGGUUUCAAAAAUGACAUAAAGCUGCUUCGGCAGCGUCUCAAGGACGUGGAGAAGCAACUCUUCAGGGUAACCCUGGGUGUCGGACCCAAUCAGGACCUGGCUAUCCUGCACGAGGUGAGGGAUUCCAACACUCGUACGCGCAAGAUCCAGGGGGAGCUCCACCGGUUGAAGGCGAAGAUUUACGGCCUGGAGGGCGACCUACGGCACGUGUGAUCCAUCGCUGACGUCAUGUGCGCGUUCGUUCGGGGUGCCACGGUGGCGAGACGUUAACUACCUCGCCCUGGUAUACAGGAGGUCGUGUGUUCGAUCCUGACCCUGACGCCGGCUGUAUUUCGAGUUGGUAUGUUCUCCCUGUGGUCAUUUGGAUUUUUUUGUCUGGGCCCUCCAAUUUUCCUCCACAUAUAGAGUUUUUGGUUGCUACAAAUGUGCACAUAAGCCACUUUGCUGAGCAGUCAUUUGUGGCCAGGUCACUUAUGAAAAAAAGAGCUUUGUAGCGCGGUGGGCCUGACCUGGUAAAAUAAAAAAAAUGCAGUUCCUCCCGAGCUUGUCGCGACAUGAGCAUGCAGGGGAUAGCCCUAUGCAAGUUGUUGAUUUAGUUUCGCCUCAUUAUUGGCGUGAGUCGGUGUCUGAGUACACACAGUCAUCCCCAGUGUCAAUAAUUCCAAGGGGAAUUUGCGGUGAGCCAAAGAAAAGAACAUCUCCACGUGUCGUCUUGAUUGUGCAAGGUAAACAGCUAGUGGAAUAGAAAAGGACUGGCUUUGUUGAGAGAUGGUGAUCAGUCAGGCCACAGUGCUUGUUGACUUAACUCAAACGCACCUUUUAAGUGCAAGUUUAAUUUAGUGGAAUCCGAUAAAGCCCCUUUUUUCCCACAACAUGCUAUUUGGAUUUGCCUGUUUAGACUUGGGUGAGGAUUAAGGCUACUGCUCUGACCCUAAAUGCAUUCAGAUGAGUUGGAACAACACGGUUCUGUUACCAGAAGUGAAGGCUGCAGACAUUUGCCAUCGAUUUUCACCUUGAAUAUUUGUCCACACGGAAUGUUUAGUCAUAUCUGGAACAUGCCCGGUCAACCGUGAAGAUUUGCCGGAGAAACAAUGCGAGAUUUAGUGAGAGAAAAAAAUCCCAUUUUAUGACCAGUAUGUGCAAGAUGAACAAAAAAAAAUUCGAGGUCGGAAUAUUUAAUCAAUAUUUUUUUGGCCAUCUGUGAUAUAAUGAAACUUCAAAAAUUUAUUUUUUACUUGCGUACAAUUAUUUUAUGAUCCCAAUGUUUACUUGUUUGUAUAUUUUGAUUGUGUGUGUGUGUAUAAUAAAAGUGUUAAUACAGACCUUGGCAAGGAAUGCUUUUUUUUUGCAAUGCACCCUGCAGAUGACUUGGCAUUUUUUACCAAUGCACACGCAAGUCUCAGUGCAGGGAAAAGGCA